AUGACACCUACCGAGCGGUUCGAUGUUACGAAGAAGAACGCAUUGUGUAUUAACUGUCUUUCGCCAUCCCAUCAACUGAAGAACUGUUCGAGUGGAGCCUGUCGUGUGUGCAACCAAAAACAUCAUACGAUGCUGCAUCAAAGAACCAACCCAUCAUCCAGCCAACAAGCCCACACCCAAUCAUCGAAGUUAUCGUCGUCGUCUGGUUCGCAGUCAUCCUCUUCGCCUUCCGUUCACAUAAACCACUCGCAGUCCUCUCAUGCAAAACAAUUGGCACGAUUCUGGGAGAUUGAGUCGUGUCACUCAAGCAGCACAUUAUCGUUAGAAGAAGCAGCAUGUGAGCAGCAUUUUGCUCGAAACACAGUUCAGGAUUCUACCGGACGGUUCAUCGUUACUCUGCCAAAGAGAGAAUCAGAAUUCGCAAGGCUUGGUAGCUCGAAAGUCAUAGCCACUCGUAGGUUCCUAUCCUUGGAACGCCGACUCAAUGCCGAUCCACAGCUAAAACAAGCAUACACAGCGUUUAUCAAUGAGUAUGAGCAGUUGGGACAUAUGAAGCUGAUAGAUAAUCCAGAUCCACGCCAUCCAGCGUACUAUCUCCCACACCACUGCGUCGUUCGACCAGAUAGCACCACCACGAAGUUGAGAGUGGUGUUCGAUGCAUCCUGUUCGACUGACACCGGAAUGUCUUUGAAUGAUGCCCUCAUGGUUGAUCCGCAAGUGCAAGAUGACCUAGUUUCGAUAAUACUGCGGUUUCGCAUCCCUCAAUUCGCUGUCAUUUCUGACAUCGAAAAAAUGUAUAGGCAAAUUGGGAUGAACUCUGUCGAUCAGCAACUCCAGCUUAUUCUUUGGAGUGAUUCGCCCUCCGAAACAAUGCGAACCUAUCAACUCACAACUGUGACAUACGGAACGUCUUCGGCUCCAUAUCUCGCCACGAAACUCUCGCCGGAAUUGGAUCAGAAAGCCAUCCUGCAGCCGCAGUUGCCAUAA